AAAAAUAAAAAUUCUUAAAAAAUAAAGAGAGAGAAAACGAUGUGAGCGCGAGUAGAGAGAUAAUAUUCUCAAAAAUAGAAAAUAAAAAUAAAAACAAAAGAGAGAGAGAAUGAAACAGAGUACUCUCCACCUCCUCCUCAUUCUCUGUCUCGCCAUUCUUGGCCACGACACCUUCCUCAAUAAAGUUUAAUCGUUUUAUUUGUUUCUCUUCCAUGGCCAAGACCGGUGUCUUUGAUUCCGAUCCGACGGCCAUGGCCAAGGCUACUGAAUUAAAGAAGGAACUAGAAAAGCUCAUCAGAACCAUUGUCGAUGACGACGAUUAUCUUAUAGAGACCAUCGAUCAAGCUAAAGACACUCUCUGCGCCUUGAAGGAAUUAAAGAUGAACAAGAGAUCAUUGUCUUUAAAGCUGCGCCAAACGCUGUCGUGUCCCGAUGAGUUUAAGUGUCCUUUGUCCAAGGAAUUGAUGAGAGAUCCUGUCAUUUUGGCUACGGGGCAGACUUAUGAUAGACCCUUCAUCCUGAAAUGGCUGAAAUCAGGGAACCGGACAUGCCCUCUCACUCAGCAAGUCCUGUCACACACAUUCCUUACUCCUAAUCACUUGGUCAGGGAAAUGAUAUCACAAUGGUGCAAGAGUCAAGGGUUAGAGUUGCCGGACCCUGUUCAAUAUGUUAAUGAGGAAGGAAUAACAGAAGCUGAUCGUGACCAUUUUCAGUCUUUACUUGAAAAGAUGUCCUCAGCACUUCCUGAACAGAAAGAAGCUGCAAGGGAGCUUCGAUUGUUGACGAAGAGGAUGCCCUCAUUCCGGGCGUUAUUUGGCGAGUCUGUUGGUGCCAUUCCUCAAUUGCUCAAUCCACUUUCAGCAAGCAAGUCUGGAAGUGAUAUCCAACCUGAUCUUCAAGAAGAUGUAAUCACAACCCUCUUAAAUCUUUCAAUCCAUGACAACAAUAAAAAGCUUGUUGCUGAAACCCCUAUGGUAAUUCCUCUUCUUAUGGAAGCAUUAAGGUCGGGAACCAUUGAAACAAGGACUAAUGCAGCUGCGGCUCUUUUCACAUUAGCUGCUCUUGAUUCCAACAAGGCACUUAUUGGGAAAUCAGGCGCUCUAAAACCACUUAUAGACCUUCUAGAGGAGGGAAAUCCUUUAACCUUGAAAGAUGUUGCUUCUGCAAUUUUUACCCUAUGUUUUAUACAUGAAAACAAGGCAAGAGCUGUGAGGGAUGGUGCAGUGAAGGUGAUUGUGGAAAAGAUUAUGGAUGGUGUGCUUGUUGAUGAAUUAUUAGCUAUCCUAGCAAUUCUUUCUGGCCAUCAGAGGGCUGUCGAAGAAAUGGUAGAGCUUGGAGCUGUUCCUUGCUUGCUUCGGAUUAUCAGGGAGAGCAAUUGUGAACGCAACAAGGAAAAUUGCAUUGCCAUUCUCCACACAAUCUGUACAUAUGAUCGAACCAAGUGGAAGGCAAUGAGGGAAGAAGAGAAUGCCCGUGGAACAAUCUCUAAACUAGCUCGAGAUGGCACUUCAAGGGCCAAGAGAAAGGCUAAUGGCAUUCUUGAAAGACUGAAUAGAGCUGUUAAUCUUACCCAUACAGCAUGAAUUGACGGGAUCAGUUAUGCACAAUAGUCAACUAUGCUGAAAUGUAAAUUCUACAUCUGAUUCCAGCACUUGCAAUCAUCAUUGCAACUCCAGCAUAUCUGUGCAAUUCUCCACCGCCUUUCUGUAAAUUCUCUUCACCGAAAUUUCUAUUUCAGGUUAAUGAGUUAGCCAUUGUGAAUAAAUAUGCCUUAAGUUUGUUGUAAAUUUUUGUCUUUUAUUUUGUGCUAUAGUUUCUUCACGGUUGCCUUGCAUUCUAGAUGUCUUGGCUUUUGUCUUGGCUUUUACUAGUAACAGUUUUGGCUUUUUUCUUACCAGUUUGCUAAUAUGAAUCCAUGGUCCCCCAAGGAACCAAAAACAUGUAUAAGAUUUUCUACCUAGUUUUGUCAUCUAAUCAAAAGCUUCUACUUGCAUUAUGCUUGAA